AUGCCUAUCACUUCUCCUCAUAAGAAAACCUUCGUUUCUCAGACCUCCCCAACCAAAUCCACUUUAGAAACUCUCGUGGGCAUUCAAAACUAUCUAAUCAUGGCCCAAGGUAACAUACCUACACCUCAUCUAUCACCUACUGUCUCUGCUCCCAUUUCCUCUACACUCAAACAAACGCAAUCGGCUGAUCGCCACCGCCGACAACCAAGGACCGUUUUAACAAACACUCUUCCGCGCGUGUCCUUGUCCAGCCUACAGGGAUCUCGUUCGCUCUCCCUUCCUGGCCCUGGGUCGUCCUCGAACCUUGAUCGUCUGCAAGGUUCGCCCACAAGCCAGUCAAUAGCCAGUCAACCGUCAGCCAGCACUAUCGGUCAGCAAACAUUCAACCACAAGUCAGCAUCCAGUCAACCGCCAGUCAGCACUACCAAUCAGCACUGCCAGUCAGCAUUCAGUCAACCGCCAGUCAGCACUGCCAGUCAGCAUUCAGUCAGCCGCCAGUCAGCACUGCCAAUCAGCACUGCCAGUCAGCAUCCAGUCAACCGCCAGUCAGCACUACCAAUCAGCACUGCCAGUCAGCAUUCAGUCAACCGCCAGUCAGCACUGCCAAUCAGCACUGCCAGUCAGCGUUCAGUCAACCGCCAGUCAGCACUACCAGUCAACAUCCAGUCAACCGCCAGUCAGCACUGCCAGUCAGCAUCCAGUCAACCGCCAGUCAGCACUACCAAUCAGCACUGCCAGUCAGCAUUCAGUCAACCGCCAGUCAGCACUGCCAAUCAGCACUGCCAGUCAGCAUUCAGUCAACCGCCAGUCAGCACUACCAGUCAACAUCCAGUCAACCGCCAGUCAGCACUGCCAGUCAGCAUCCAGUCAACCGCCAGUCAACACCAACCAGCUGGAAUCGCCCCUGAACGUUCUCCAGCCCAACGGCAAGAGGCGACGAGGACAAAGUGA